AAACGCACGCACGCACAUGUUAGGGCGAGCGGAAAGGCGGUCACAUUUCCUACUCACCUGCAAACGUGAUUGAUGUGGGUGUUUGUAUCAGUGGGUGUGUAUGUCAUGCUUGACAUUCUCACGAUGUUCAGGGAUUUGCUGAGUCCACUUUCUUGGAAUUUAUGACAAUCAGUUAGUCUUUGCUCGCGCAUCACCUCGUGCGCUCCAGCCGCGCAGCGCCACAUAGCCAAAAGGUGUCCAGGUAUCACCGAGGAGAGCAGCAUCAGUAUUCUCCUCCUACACAGACUCCUGCUACAGCUGGCGCGCUCUGGACGCAUUUUCAUCUAGACGUGGUGUUUUUGCGCGGCACCUGCUUUUCACGUUUUUACUCAGAAGACUUGCCUAGCGGUAUUCCAAAACAUUCAAGUUUCUUUAAAGUCUUCAGAACCAACCAGAGACAGAGAUGGAUAACAGCCCUGAUGGAGGUGGAGGAGUCAUCCUGUAUGCAGGAUCUUCUGGCAGUUCCAGUCCAAGUCCCGGCAGCCCCUCAAGCGGGUACCAGACACAGUCCCCUUCCUCACACUCCCAGCCUUCUUCUCCAGAAGAGGUUACCUUUACUGAGAUUGGGGUCCUGAAACAGGGCAGGACAAGUGGGUCCAAUACUCCAACCUCCAAACUGGUGUUCCAGUUCCCAGAAGUCUACAGCCCCCCUACAGCAGCAGCCACUCCACAGCAGUCAUAUGCACAUCCCAUUGCAGGAAAGAGGCCCUGUGGCUUCACUGGAACUUUCACAAAAACAGGUGGAAUGGUCCUGCUUUGCAAAGUUUGUGGAGACAUUGCAUCUGGUUUCCACUAUGGAGUGCAUGCAUGUGAGGGCUGCAAGGGUUUUUUCCGCCGUAGCAUCCAGCAGAACAUCAACUACAAGAUGUGCGUGAAGAAUGAGAACUGUCUGAUCAUGCGCAUGAACCGCAACCGGUGCCAGCACUGCCGCUUCAAGAAAUGCCUCUCAGUGGGCAUGUCAAGAGAUGCUGUGCGUUUUGGUCGUAUUCCAAAAAGGGAGAAGCAGCGACUUCUUGAUGAGAUGCAAAGCUACAUGAACAGCCUGAAUGAGUCUCCUGCCAUGGACAUGGACUCCACAGCAAGGGACAGCCCCACCAGCGUGGACGAUUGCAACUCAAAAGAGGCCAUCGGGACCAUUUCCAAAGCCUACCGUGACAUCUUCAUCACCAACAGCAGCAACCAUGAGAGAUCUUCCAAUAGGGCCAACAUCACUAACAAUAACAACAACAACAACACAUCUAAUUUUUCUCAGGAUGCUAGCUUUCAUGCCUCGUCUCACCUCACUCCAGCUCAGAGUUAUCAGUCUUGUCCCAUUGCCUCUGCAGCAUCAUGCCCCGUUGCCUACAACAACAACCAGCAGGCAUUUCACAAAGUGGACAACAAUCACUAUUCCUGUUUAGUGUCAACAAAUCGGAAUCACAACCCGUCAAACGCUGCAGGUCAAAGAAUCAGCUCCAGCAAUUCUAACAGUUUGUGCAAUGCAGAAGGUGCCGACAACCAGACUUCCUGUCCGUGGAAAUUAGCACCUGGAGCAAAAGUGCUGGCCUGUCCUCUGAAUGCAUGUCCUGUAUCAGGAGCAGAACGUACAAGUCAGGAGAUCUGGGAGUCUUUCUCUCAGUGUUUCACCCCUGCUGUCAAGGAGGUAGUGGAGUUUGCCAAGGGCAUUCCUGGAUUUCAGGAGCUUAGCCAGCAAGAUCAAGUCAUGCUGCUGAAAUCUGGCACCUUCCAGGUUCUCAUGGUGCGGUUUUGCACAUUGUUCAAUGCCAAGGAGCGUACGGUGACAUUCUUGAACGGUCAGACUUACCCCCUGUCCACCUUGCGGGUCUUGGGAAUGGGAUCUCUGCUGGAUGCAAUGUUUGAAUUUAGUGAGAAGUUGGGCUCAUUGGGGCUGGAGCCUGAUGAGAUGGCCCUCUUCAUGGCUGUGGUGCUGGUAUCUGCAGAUCGUUCAGGCAUCUCAGACAUGCAAGCUGUGGAGCAGCUCCAGGAAGGUCUCAUCCGCGCCCUUCGCUCUCUGAUCAGUCGCCGUCGUCCAGACGACUCCGCCCUCUUCCCCAAACUCCUUCUGCGUCUGCCCGACCUGCGAACCCUCAAUAAUAUGCAUUCUGACAAACUGUUGGCCUUUCGUAUUGACCCCUAGGGAAGGGUCAGAGUUAGGGUUAGGAAAACGAACCACACACACACACACACACACACACACACACACACACACACACACACACACACAUGUUUAUUUAUUUCCAAGGGCAGGACUUCCUUUUCCUUUGAGGAACAAGGGAUUGUGCAAUAAGAAGAAUGUAUUUGGAAAGGAAAAAUGUGGACAAAGAGCAUAUUUCAGACUCAUUGUUAAUAUCAGUUUAAUGUUGUAAGACAAAAACAUUCACAUACAAAAUAAUGUACAUACAUUAUUCUCAUAUCUCUAAAGGUAUUGCUCCAGAGAAUAGAAGUCGAUAGUUAAACCAGAAUUAGGUAGAACUUCUACUGCCAUUUCUGACAGAACUUUAGUUCAGUUUCUGAUUAUAUCUGAUUUAAUUAAGACUAAAGUUCCAUUCAGGUCAUCAUUAGGCUGCAGCUGAAGGAUUGUUGUAGGUGAAAGCAGUUUUUAAAUUGACUACUGGUGAUAACUGACUCCAUAGGUUUGUACUCAGUAGAAAGGGAAUCUGUAUAUAAUGUAGUGGAACCUGAAACAUUUAAGGCAGUUUUGAAUUUCACAAACCAACCAUCUGUAUUGGCACAGGAAUGAGACCAAUAUUUUAAUGUGUUAUUUGUGCACAAUUAUGUGUUUUCUUUCACAAAUCCACACACUUACCAACUCAACCAUCUUCCUGCAACCACCUGGUUAUAAACAGAAUGAUCACAAGUUGGUGGUAUUUUCUAUUUUUAUUUAACAAAAUAUAUUGUCUGUAUCUCUGUAUUGUAUCACACAUGGACUGAUGGGGAGGAGAUCCCUGAACAAUAGACUUUUAAGCUCCUUUGUUUAUUUUUUCUCACUGUAAAUAUUCUGUUACCCUAAUGUGUUUGUAAGAUUUGCUGAAGAGAUUUAAUGAAUCGGGCACAUUGUAUGAGCUUUGAUGUGAAGAAGAAUGUAUUUACCUUCCUGUACUUUGCAGGGGUCUGGCUAUGCCGAGAGAGUGCUGCACAGGAGCGUGAUUAGCAGGGAUUUACAGAUGGCUUGGGUACACUUCCUACUAUUAUAUAAUGUUUCCUACCAGCAUAGUCCCUGAUAUCACCAGCACUAAACCCUCAUGCCCCUUUUUGGCCCCCACCCCCCAAUGUUUGUCAUACAAACAAAAGUGAUAUUUUUGGGUGAGAGAUCUCAUUUGAUUGGUCCUCUCACUGCUAUCUUGUUUGAUUAUGGCUGAUUGAGCACAUCUUGUACAUUUGUAAAUGUUUUUUGUCCUGAAUAGAAAUGAUAUAAAGUUUGAAUUAUGUUUUAGUCUGUUUUUGUGUCCUCAUUUAAUUUGUAUUAAAACAAAAUGUUUAAAAUAUGAUUAGUUAGUUCUACGUGACUUUUGGAAGUAAACUGAACUGAUUGCGAACAUUGGCAUUUAGAUGAAGGUGCCAUGAUAAAUAAAAGGUUUCACGCCUAGUCUUAAAAGUAGACAAGGUGUCUGUCUGAUGGAUUAAAGCUGGUUCCACAUGAGAGGAGCCUGAUGACUAAAAGGUCUGCCUCCCAUUUAACUUUUAGAUAAUCUGGAAACCACCAGUGAGCCUGACGUCUGCAGUGAGGUGCUCCGUUAGAAAAAUGUGGAAUAUUCAGAUCACUGAUGUGCAACACAUUCUCACACCCGAAGGGUCAAAAAAUGAAGCUGGGUGACCAAGCGUUUGUUUCCAACGAGUUGGGAGUCCCAAAGCAUCAGGAGGCGACGCGCAGUGCCAGAGCGUUCUUCACUGACGCCACGCUGUACAUUUAACCUCUAACCUCUGGCUAUUUAACCUUCCCCUCACCCACAUCCUAACCUUAACCCAGUUUCUCAUUCCAAACUUCCUGUUAACUAUGUUGGAGAGGGGCGUUACAACUAGAAUCAAAGUUUUGCAUGCACAAGAGGGUUAAGGUUAGGAUGGCGGUAUGGGGCAGGUUAAAUAGCAAGAGGGUAAAGGUCACAUUUCGGUGAAAUCUCCGCUUUACCGUGGCAGUCGGAAAACAACGCUCUGGCACAGUGCGUUGUCUAGCAACGCAAUGGGGCUCCCAACUCAUCGGAAACAAACUUUUGGUCACUCAGCAUCAUUUCUCGACGCUUCAGUUGUGAGAAUGUGCUGCGAUGAUGGAGACUGAUUAUUAAAAGCUUCGUAUGUGAGAUGGAGGAUCUUUAAAUCCAUUGUGAAUUUAACAAGCAGCCAAUGUAGGGAAACUAAAACAGAAGAGAUUUGAUCUCUGUAAUUUUCAUCAGAACUCUAGCUGCAGCAUUGUGGAUUAGCUGAGGACAUUUAACUACAUAUUUAUAAAUGUAUACUUCUCUGUGCAAUAGGACUGAACUCAUUAAGGUUCAAAUUCUUUGCAACGUGUGUAAAACAGCAUCUACUAAGUUUAUCAUAAUUCUUGCAUAACUAUUUUUGUAUUUCCCUGCAGUCAGUGUGCUGCAUAAUGUCAAGUCAAGGAUGUCUCGGGAAAACAUAAAACUUGAAUUUGAUAAUGUCCUGCAUUUAAAAAUAUCAUGCAUAGUAUUUCAAAUAAAGUAUUUUUUAAAGAGAAACCAUCCUAAAAUAAAAUACUGAUGAUGAAAGAAACUGCACAAAUGCUGCUAAAGUCAAUUUAGG